UUAAUCUUACUUUUGGUUUCGACUACUGUACCCGUGUAGGUAUUGUAAUCAUUCGCUUCAAAAUUGGAUCAAAAUGACUGAAUUCUUCAGCGUUUUACUGCAAAUUUCAGACGAUCUCCGUGAUGACAAUUUGGAAAAAAUGAAGUUCCUUUGUCCAGAGUUAGGGAAAAAGCGUCUCGAGAAAGUUGACAGUGGCAUUAAACUUUUUCAAGAAUUGAUGCAGCGUCAAGCACUUGGACCUAACAACACGGAACAGCUUAAAUUACUUUUGAACAAAAUUCAUCGGGAAGAUCUCGCUGAGACAUUGAAUAACUUUGAAAGUCAGUGUCCUGGACCACAGACAAAUCUACCGGACAAAACGGAACAAGCCAAACUAAAAGCUGCAAGAAAAGUGAUCAUGGCCCAGCUUGGGAGGAAGUGGCGGACGUUGGGCCGGAGGCUGGGCCUGACAGAGGCCAUGCUGGACGGCGUGGUCACCAAGCACCGCGACGUCCUGGAGGAUCAAGUGGCAGGGAUGCUGUGUGUCUGGGAGAAGAGCCAGGGUGCUGAGGCACGGGCGGAUGACCUUGUACGAGCCCUUAGGAGCUGUGACCUGAACCUGACUGCUGAUCUGGUGGGGAAGGAACUGGAAAAGCUCCAAGGAGAAUGAGAAGGAAGAGGACAAGAAGACAGGAGGAGGAAUACAUUAAUUUGAAAAGGAGGAGGAGACAGAGGCGAGAGAACUUAAGGGGCUUAAUAGGUUACCUAGAGUCCUAGUAAUUCCAACUCAACCAUGUGUGCUGUUUCUGAUUAUUUGGUGCUGCUUUGCUUGGAUGUUUGAAUGAAAAAGAAAGGAAUAGAAUGGAUGUGUAAUUGUAGGGAAGUAUGAUUCUGCUUGUGGUCGUCAUGUUAUACUGGGUUGUGUGGCUGCUGCUCUCUGUCCAUUAUAAGAUAUAGAUUAUGAUUAAUCACUGAGUUACAAUUUGCAGACACGUUGCAUUUUAAUUGUCUCACCCACUGCAAUAAAACCAAAGCAUCAGUUCUGUUCAGCAAAUGGAGUUGAUCUUUGUGAUUGAUCCAGGUCAGUUUGGUACGCGGUCCUGUCCUGUGAGGAAGAUUCAGAGCUGAAAGGAGUAAUCUCUCUAAAUGUAAAUCUGCAAUACAAACAUCAAGCUCAUGAUUUUAGUUGUCACUGACCAUUGAAGGUAAACGCCAAAUUGGAGAGGUGACCAGUAGCUAUCAGACGGCCUUUCUGGCCGACGAACAACUGGUGUCGCGCUGCGAUUCGGUCAGAAGUGACGAGCGUUUUUCAUUUGGAGCUGAACACCAGCAGACCUCAACAUACAGCCAGGCGUUUUCACAAAGCUGCGUGUAUAAAUGUCCUGUUUCCUGGAUACCCCUUUUCCCUCUGCUCCUACUGAAUGGUGUACACCAGCUUGGAUGUUGCUGAGGGCAUGUCUAUCUGUUUGUUCUAGUAUUGUUUUAUUUUCAACAACAUGUUUUUGUAAACAACAAACAUUUUUACAAAGAACUUGUCUGAGUAGAUAUGCAAUUUAAGCAUGGAAUAUAAUGAAUGUGAUUAUAAAACAAAUAAAACAAUCUGA